GUUGCCAAUCAUAAAUUUCCAUUAGUGUGGAGAUAUCUCAAACUUCGGAAUCGCACUAAUUAGGGUUUCACGAUUUUUGGCAAUCAUGAAUCCAGUGUUGGGACUUGCAUCUUGUUUCUCCAAUGUUGAGUCGAUCCCAAUGCUAAAUGGGUCGAACUUUUCAGAAUGGAAAGAACGUUUGUUACUUGUGCUUGCCCCCAUGGAUCUUGAUAUUUCCCUCAGGGAAGAGCGUCCAGAUGCCUUAAAGUGCAUUGACAAAACCGAGCGUUGGGACCGUUCCAACCGCAUUAGUAUGAUGAUGGUGAAAAUCCGGAUCCCACCAAAAUUCAGAGGCAUUAUCCCCGAUGAUGUUACAACCGCUAAAGAAGCUUUGGCUGCGGUUGAGAAGUACUAUGCUAAAAACGAGAGGGCAGAGUCUACAAUGGUGAUGGCUGAGUUUUUGUUAAAGAAAAAAACGAAUGAGAGUGUUAGAGAGCAUAUUAUGAUGAAUAUGAGCGUUGCAGCUAAGUUGAAGAAACUCGGGUUGUGUCUUCAUGAUAACGUCGUGGCAGGUUCGAUACUCGAUAGUCUGCCCUCAGAGUAUGAUCUGCUUAGGAAAACUUAUAGCCGUAUGCAACUUGAAUGGUCGACUCAUGAUCUUAUCUAUCAUUGUGUCCAAGAAGAGGAGAGGUUGAAGAGUGUAAACAAGGAACAUGAUCUUGUUGCUGGUAAAGUCAUAUGUGAUAAAAAAAGAAAGCACUAUGACGAAUGUUUAUGAUUUGAUUCAGGAGUGACAUUUUGAAUAAGCCAUAUGCUUUAGAGGCAGUAUGUGGAAAUAAGAAGCAACAAAGGUUUUUGGCAUUUUAGUUGUUGUUUUUUAUGUUUUUGUAACAGAUCUAUCAUAAUAUUUU